AUGGGACGGGGUAGUGUAAGCCAUUCUCUGAAUGGUCGCUACAGCCUUCGAAAGAACAUUGUCCCAGCCAAGCGCCUUCAAGAUUACUAUGUGGAGGGUGUGAGCCUGGCUAAGAAGAAGUGUACCCGUGCCAGGACCAAUGGUCCAACUGGGAACAAUUCUUCUCAGGCUCCCUUCUAUCUACCUGUCUGCACUGUUGACCACAGUGGUGGUAGGUUGAUCCUCCGCAUAAAAUUCCCUAGACCCCAGGAAGUCUACCAGGAUGCACAUGCAGCAAAGACUGGAGUAUACACCUUGUCCAAGUCGACCGAGACACUUGAGAUCGCCAACAUCUUGCUUGGUCUUGGAGAACAUGUGAACCUGCAGAACUCAGUGCAGCAGACUGCAUCCACCUCCCAGGGGACUGGGAGUGGGCACCAAAGGCUGUACCAGGACCACACCCAUUGUAAAGUCAAUUCAAUCAGUGGCCAUGGGAACAGCUGUGAGAGCAAAGGUCGCAGAAAGAAGCAGACCAACCCCCGACACAUUGUGCCCGGUAAAGUGCAAGCCCAGAACAUCAAGGUGCAUAUCCUAAAGACUGGAAACCACAACAUCUCUGCUUCAGGGCUCAACAAUACACAGCAGGGUCCCACCGGUGGUUAUGUAGCCAGUGAAGGCAAAGGACGAAGGACCAAACAGGCCAACCCUCGCCAUAUCGUACCUAGCAAAGUGCAGAAGCAGGACUUCAAGAUAUUGUAUGUCCCCCAGCCUGCUCUCUUCUGCCAGAAGUCAACCUUUGCAGGGCUGCCCUAUAACCUCAAUGAGAUUUUGGGAUUACCCCAGACACCUUGCCAAGGGUUCAUCAGGGGAAAAGAGCACCUGAAUGAUGGAAAGAAAUUCAGCCCUGACGACAUAGACACCCCAUUCCAGUGGUCAGCAUCUCCUAGGGAGAAAGAUGACAUGUUCUUUCCUCAUCUGCAUGAUUCCUCUUACAAAGCUGAGGCAGCUGAGAGGAAGAGGAGAGUAACUGCUCUCCAAAGCAGCCUCCGGCAGAUGCAAGAGCCUCUGGAUGAGCGAUACAUUAAAAACGCUGCUGUGCUCCCUGACCUUCGCCAGCCAACACCAGCAUCAGCACCAACAACACCCAUCCUGACUCCAGAGCCCAGCUGCAGCAGCAGAGUGUCAAAGCCCCAGGAUGAACCUUUGAGGAUCCAUGGUUGCAAUGUGGAAGACUUCAAGAGAAUUUACCACUCUGUGGUAGAUCCAAAGUUGACGACAAAGUCCGGCAACCCUCGUCCUUACGGUCUUCAGAUGGGCAGAGUGAUCAAACAGCGCAUGUGGGACACCUUCCACUGCCCGUCUUUCGUGGAGACUGAAGGUGCAGACGGCAGAGUCUGGGUAUCCGAGGCCUACUGCAGUCCCAGCCUGAAGCCUCAUGCGCCUCUCAUUGACGUGGACGUUAGCCAGGAGCCCAUGCCUGUACAGCCAAAGAGAAAGAGGGAGCCCAUGCCCGGACAGCCAAAGGGAAAGAGGGCCAGGCGAUGAAUUCAUGAAUCAUGAGAUGUUUUUUGUUGUUGUUUUUUUAAAUACAAAAUCAUUAUGAAUUUCAGGCUACCUAUCAUGACAUUGCAACAUGUUUAUAAGCUUUAUAUGGGCCCUAUUUUUAAAGAUAACAUUCAAUUAAAAUGAUCAGGAAAUUAUACGCCACUAUUGAUAUACUUAAUUAUG